AAGAAAGAAGCCAUGAGCGCGACAUACAACCUCGAGCCGAACCCCACGGCCAAGGUCGUCCUCCACACCACGGCCGGCGAUCUCGAGCUCGAGCUCUUCGCCAAGCAGACGCCCGUCACGUCGCGCAACUUUCUGCAGCUGUGUCUGGAUGGCUACUACGACAACACCGUCUUCCACCGCCUGGUCAAGGGCUUCAUUAUCCAGGGCGGCGACCCCACGGGCACCGGCCAGGGCGGCGAGAGCAGCUACGAUGGCGAGCCCUUCGCCGACGAGUUCCACAGCCGCCUCAAGUACACGCGACGAGGCCUGCUGGCCAUGGCCAAUACGGGGGAAAAGGACGACAAUGGCAGCCAGUUCUUCUUCACGCUUGCCGCGACGCCCGAGCUGCAGGACAAGAACACGCUCUUUGGCCGCGUCGCGGGCGACACCAUCUACAACCUGAUGAAGAUGGCAGAGGCCGAGAUCCGCGACGGCACCGACGACCAGCCCAUGUACCCUGCCAAAGUCACGGGCGCCGACAUCAUUAUCAAUCCUUUUGAGGACAUGGUCAAGAGGGUCCAGGCCGCCGCGCCCGCCGAGGCAGAGGCAAAGAAGCCCAAGAAGCCCAAGAGGAAGGCCGGCAAGAACGUGCUCAGUUUUGGCGACGAUGCCGAUGCCGACGCUGCGCCCAUUGCAAAGAAGCCCAAGUUCAACACCAAACUCGUCAGUGCAGCCGAAGAACAGCCCCCGUCGUCGAAAGCCCCUGAGCCGGCCAAAGCCAUCCCCAUACGCAAUCCGUCUCGCAAGUCGCCCUCGCCACCGCCAGCACCACCGUCGCCCAAGCCUGCACAGAAAGCCGCGCCCCAGUCACCGCCUGAGCCCAUAGCCCGCUCUCCACCCCCGCGACAGCUGUCGCCAGAAGCCGAGAAACGAGCAAAGCUUGACCGUGUAAACCAACAGAUUGCCGAGCUCAAAGCCUCCAUGAAGCGGACCACGACAACACAAGACACGGCACCUGUCAAGAAGAAGUCUUUGCUCGAGGCCAUGGUCCCGUCAUCAACAACGCGAGGGCGGAAGCGGGGUGCUGGUGCUAACACAAAAGACGAACAGUCUGCACUAGACAUUCUAGCGCGUUUCAAAUCCAAGCUCGAGGCCGCGGAACCGGCUUCAAUGCCCAAGUCAGCCGCGGCGACACCAGCAGGAGACACUGCGGACGGCAAUGGUGACGGACACGCUGACGGUGGUGCUGAAGAGGACGAGGCCGCUUGUGAUCUGCACUUUAUAGUAGGCUGUCAGUCGUGCAAAGCCUGGGAUGCGCAAGAAGACGACGAUUCCGACGACGACGCAGGCUGGAUGUCGCAUUCGCUCAGUUUUGCAAAAGACAGACUAGGCAAAGACUUGGAAUGGAAGCGGAAGAACGAAGAAGAAUUGCUGGUCAUAGAUCCAAGGGAAGAAGCAAAGAGGCAUAAAGCCCAAGGUAAGGCGAAGAGAGAACGGGGAUGAUACCACAAUGAGAACAGCAGGGUGAACCGACCAUGUUACACAUUCCAGUAAUACACGUGGGUCUGAUAUUGCUACAUCGCCGUGCGCCUCUGAGGCUGUUGGAUCAUGAUGCCACGAGCUGCCCGCGCUAUCCACCAGUGCGCCGCACAGCACGGAAUACUGCCUAGGUACCGCAGUCCUUGCUCUG